AUGGCCGACAAUUACCUCGUCAUCUCACAUCCCACCCUCUGCACCGGCGUGUCAAACGCCACCCUCUGCUCCCAGGAGUUCCGCGCCGCACGCCGGCAACUCAGCGUCCUCCCGCAGGCCGCGGACGCAGUCACGGCCGCCAUGGUCUCCGCGGUGGCGGCGCAGGUCUCCGCGAUCAUCGAUGCCGCCGCGGAGAUCAAGCGCGCCAAUGUCCGCGGGAACCACUUCGUUAAUGUCGUGGCGGACGACUGCAGCACGCAGGGCGGCAUCGCGCUGCGCUACCUGGGCCGCACGCUGGACGCGAUCGACUCGGACAGCGCGCAGCACGAUCGCGCGUUCUGGCUGUCCGCCGCCAGCACGCAAGUCGAGAAUUGCGUCGACGGCUUCAAGACGCUCGCGCCCUCCGCGACAUUCCAGCCCGCAUUCGUGCAUCUCGAGACCGUCGCGAACAAGGCGAGCGAUACGCUGGAAGCCGUCGUCGCCAUCGCCAAGAAGGCUGCGGCCGGCCCACCCGAGUUGGGUCGCAAGCUCGCGUCGUCCGAGCCCGCUGAUGUCGCACGAGGCGCCAAGUGGCUGGAUGACGACUUUGUCGCACAGCUGCGACAGCUUCAGGCGGACAAGGGACUGAAGGCCAACGCCGUCGUGAAAGGGAAGAUCCAGUCCGCGAUUGACGCCGCGCCCGGCGGCAGCCAAUACGUAAUCUACAUCCCCGCCGGCACGUACCGUGAGCAAGUCGUUAUAGACACCCCCGAUAUUAUCCUUAUUGGGGCCGGCGCCGGCGCUACAGUGAUCACGUACGACGAAAGCUACGGCAGCGGGUCGAGCACGUUCGACUCGGCGACGGUCGGCGUGAACAGCGACCGUUUUGUCGCAUUCGGAAUCAAAUUCGUGAACACGGCCGGCCCGGAGAACCACCAGGCUGUAGCGUUCCGCGCUACGGGCGACCAGUCGGCGGCGAUCGACUGCGCGUUCGAAGGCUCGCAAGAUACGCUGUACGUGGACGCGGGGCGGCAGUUCUACUCCAACUGCUACAUCGGCGGCACGCAGGACUUCAUAUUCGGCGACGCGGCCGCCGUCAUUGAGAAGGCGAAAAUCCAGCUGCAUCCCAGCAAGUCGUUCAUCACGCUCACCGCGUCGGGCCGCGCCAAAGACACGCCGACAGGGAUCGUGAUUCGCGACUCGGUGGUGAGCGCGGACAAGGGCGCGGCGAAGGCGUACCUGGGGCGGCCGUGGAAGAAGUGCGCGUUCACGGUGUUGGUGAACGUCGUGCUGCCGGCCGUCAUCCAGCCGGACGGCUGGCUGUCGUGGAACGAGGGCAGCUGCAUGUUCCUCGCGGAGGCUGGCAGCAAGGGCCCGGGCGCAAAGGGGUCGCGCGCCGACUGGGUGGACCCUGGGAUCAUCUCCAACGGCGCCUCCUACACUGCUGCCGCCUUCGCUGAAGUCAACUCGUGGCUUGUGCUCUCUUGA